GAAAUCAUAUCCAAACUAUGGCAUCAAACCGCCCCAAACACCACUGACUCAUCCGAUCUUCACUGGGCCCCAUACAUGCUCUAUUACAACACCCAGUGCAACACCGCACUCCAAACCGAAAAGGGCAAAUAUACCACAAUCCGCACACACGCCGAUGUCCAAUGCAUCGCACAACACAUGCAUUCUUCAACCCCAAAAGCCGACAUAAAAUCCCACAUCCAACCCUCCAUGCAAGGACGCCGAACCCCCGAAGAAGCAGACACCAUGCUCGAAGGCUCCGUCAUGCUCGUCGCCCGCCUCCUCAGCAUGACAGACAUCGGCCCCUUACCCUACACCCGCCGCGGAACCCAGCACUCCCUCACUUGGACAUCUCCCUCAUCCAGCCUGCAAGACCUCCUCAGCUCACACUUCGUACCGCAGGACCCUUCAAGCUACGAACAUGACGCCGCAGACAUGUUGUUUGGCGAGGACUUCACAGCCUACAAACUGCACCGCUACUGCGGCGUCGAAAUCACUUGGACAAGUAAUCUAGCAGACCACCUGCACCUCUCGCGCGGUGGGAAGCAACUCUACAUCUUCCACCACGCGUCAUUUCUGCAAUGGCAAGAUGGCGUCUUACCGGAUGGUCUAGCAGCAGAAACGCUGGAUACGCUUGCCCUGCUUUUCCCGGCUAGCGAUGCGAAGACGAGGGAGUGGGUUGCGCAUUCACCGCACUUGGCGGGCGUCGAUAUGCGGAUUUUGGAACUAGGGAGACUGAGGGAUUGUCGAGGGAGCGACUUUAGGUAUUGGAGGAAGAGGCUGGGGGCGCUGGAAAGGGUGUUCGAGGCGCCGCAUCGGAGGUCGAUUGUGCAGCAAUGGCGGGAUAGGCGGGAUAAGGCGCAGUGGUAUACGUUUUGGGUUGCCAUGGUGAUUCUGUGCCUGACGGUUUUCUUUGGCGUGGUGCAGAGUGUCGAGGGGGCGUUGCAGGUGUAUAAGGCGUAUCAUCCU